UUGAACCCCUGCAGUUAAUCCCAGACCCUGCGCGCGUUCACACCAAAACCUGCUCCCUACCCCAGCCUCACUCCCAAUCCAGCCCAUGACGUCAUACGCCCGAACCUACACCACCAAGGCACGCGGCCAUGCAUACAAAGGAUGCGCACCACUUUCAUCCGCGGAGUGUCCUCCGUUACCAACCUCUAAUAUUCCUCUUCUUGAAAAGAAUCAAUAAAGCAUAUACCCCAAUUUGCGAGUCGCGAUACCCGUUAUACCUACCACCAGCGCAUCCCAAAUACAGCUGAAAAAGACAGGACGGGUAAUUCUUCAACAUGACACAAGCCGUAUCCAAACAAGAUACCUCAGCGCAGCAAGUACAGCAGCAGCGUCAAGGCGCGGGAAGUAGAGAGGUGCAGGAACAUCAUGCUAGUGCGAAUGCUUCUGCCGGUCUGAACCUCAACCUCUUCGGCGCCCUCUCCGGCGCCUUCUCCUCCAAGCAAAAGAAGACUACGCAUCAGAACGCUGAUGGAUCGAGUGUGACGGAGGAGGAUAGGCAUGAUAAAGGUACCGCAAGUGCAGCAGCCGGCGGUAGAGGAAGUGCAUAUGCGGCGGGUAAUGCACAGCAGAGUAGUUUGAAAGCGAAGGAGAGUGGGGUGGGGCAGGAGAGUAGCCAGGGGAAGAAAGUGGAAAAGGUUGAUCAUUUGGGGAUUGAGGGGUAGGAAGGGAAGGAUGGGAAGACGGAUAGAGGUGGUGAUGUUGAAAUGCUUCAAGGAUAAGAUAAUACUAGACGUCGAGUGGCUAUGAUUAUGACUACAUUAAACUAUCCAAAACGCGUGGAUGCUAGACGUGACAAC